AUGAUUAAACAACAGCAACCACAACAACUUAAGGCACAAAGCACCCAGGUCCCUCAGACCAUUACAUACGCCAUAUAUGCAUAUAAUUCAAAGACGGCAGAACAAACGCAAAGGUUGAAAUAUGGAGAUUUGGAGAUAGUAUUGAAAAAUGACCAUUUCGAAUUCGUUUGCAAGGGUGGUGCAGUGAUAUCAAAUAUAAAAGAAAUUUUAUUUAUGAAUUCAAAAAUUAAAGGUAUAACGGAUGAUAUAACAUCAAUUCCACCAGAAGAACAAAGAUAUUACGCAUUAAAUGCAUUUCCUAAAGUUUUGAAGAUUGGAAGAUUUAAUUUAAAUGAGGAAUUCAUAAAAGGUUUCCUAAAUGACAUAAUGAAGAAAGCAGAUAAGGAAUAUGUGGAUGAAAAAGAUAAUGAAAUUAAAGAAAAGGUUGAAUGGUAUCAUGAAUGGACAUCAAAGAUUUUUAAAACUAAAGCUGAUACAGGAUGGGUUUCAGGAUGUUUAGACUUUAAAGCGGAUAAAACUUAUGUUAACGAUGAGUUAGAGAAGAAAGCGGAUAAGGAAUAUGUUAACGAUGAGUUAGAGAAGAAGGUGGAUAAGGAAUAUGUUAACGAAAUAUACCAAAGUUUGAUAGGAACAACGAAAAAUAUUGAAACUAUUGUUGGUGACUUUUCUGUCAAUGAAGAAAAUAAAUAUUUUAGAUGGCAGUUUGUACAGUCCUUAAAAAUGGUACACGGUGUAAACUCAUUCCGAAAAAUAACAAUGAAAUGUAUGUAG